CCUCUUAGUCGCCUUAUUCCGUGUGGAAACUUUACCGGCUCGGGUGCAAAGUUUCAGCCGUCUGCAAAUCGGAGUCUACGGUCAACGUUUCUGGAAUAUGCCCUUGUCUUUGAAUGUUCCCAAUUGUCUGCUUUUGAGGAACCAACAUCGGUCUUAGCUGUAUCUGGAAUUGGAGUCGGUUGUAAUCGUAUGACAAUGACGAAUUGUUAGCGACCGUAUAAAUAUUUACAAGACGUGGUGGAAUCGCAUCAUAUGCCUAUCGAUUGGCUCGCAUGUUGUAGCUAACGUUACAGCUAGUAUACCGUAACAUCGUGCAUAUCGUAAGCUAGCUAGCUAACUCAGUUAACGUUAACAAGUGAUCAGCGUAGAGAAAUGGCUUGUGAACCUAAUCGUGUGCGGCUAGUAUGCAUGCUUUCAUUGACUUUUGGCUUUUUUAUCGUGGAGGUUGUCGUCAGUCGGAUCACUGCAUCUUUAGCAAUGCUUUCGGACUCCUURCAUAUGCUAUCGGAUGUCAUAGCGCUGCUUGUGGCUUUGGUGGCCGUGCGCUUCGCUCAGAAAACACAAUCGACAAAUAAAAACACCUUCGGAUGGAUCCGGGCUGAGGUGAUGGGGGCUCUGGUCAACGCAGUGUUCCUCACAGCUCUCUGUUUUACCAUAAUAUUGGAGGCCGUCGAGCGAUUCACCAACCCACAUGAAAUCGAGAAACCCCAUGUAGUUAUCGGUGUGGGGGCCGCCGGGCUCCUGGUCAACCUCCUCGGGCUGUGCUUGUUCCACGGACACGCAGGUGGUGGACACGGGCACUCCCACGGAGGAGGAGGCCAUUCUCAUGGAAAUAAGAAAAACAAGAGGGGUAAACUAUGCAAGUCAGAAAGACCGAAUGGAUCAUCAGGAGAGGAGACCAACAACCUGGUAGGAAGCCACAACAGCCCCCCUAAUGGCGUGAACACCGAGAGACGUAGACAUGAGAUUYUUUGUAACGACAGUGAGAUGCAGAUGAACGGCAGCGCUCCCUACGAGGAGCUGGACUACAGCCACGACGAGGCCUCGCUCAACAUGCGCGGCGUCUUCCUACAUGUGCUGGGCGAUGCCCUGGGCUCUGUCAUCGUYGUGGUCAACGCCCUCAUCUUCACCUUCGUAUGGCGGCCAUGCCCCCCCGGCGAGACCUGCUUCAACCCAUGCAUCGACAGCCACUCCACRGAGGGCAACAGUUCUAGCUUUCAACGGACCAUGGUGGGACCGUGCUGGGUGCUGUACCUGGACCCCACGCUGUGCAUCAUCAUGGUGGGUAUCCUGCUCUACACCACCUACCCACUGCUCAAGGAGUCUGCACUGAUCCUCCUGCAGACGGUGCCCAAGCAGAUCGACAUGCACCGCCUCAACGAGCGGCUGCUCUUGCUGGACGGCGUGCUGGCCAUCCACGAACUGCACAUCUGGCAGCUGGCGGGCUCACGCAUCAUCGCCACGGCGCACAUAAAGUGUCACGACCCCACGUCCUACAUGGACGUGGCCAAGCGCAUCAAGGACUUCUUCCACGACGAGGGCAUCCARGCCACCACCAUCCAGCCCGAGUUCGUUACCAUCAACUCCGAGUCAAGUGCGUCCCUCUGCGAGCUCUCCUGCCGGACGCAGUGCGCACCUAAGCUGUGUUGUGGCGCUGCUGACAAGCUGGGCGUGGCUGGUGCUGGUCCGGUGGGCACGGAGAAGAUCCUGAGCGGUGAGGGGAAUGCGCUGGCAGCCUCGGCCAUAGAUGUAAUCAACGAGACCCUAGAGGGAGCAGCAGGACCCGAAGCUGCAGUCCUGGAGCAGGCGGCCACUGCAAUUGUCCAGGUGGUUCCUCAGCCGGAGCCCGAGGUCGUCAUCACCCGAGAGGUGGAGUCUUCUCUGUGAGAGAGACCAGACCAGACCAGACCAGACGGUCAGAGGAGGUUUUUUUUUUUAAGUGCGGGCUAAACUUGCCAACGGGUUGUCGUUUGUACAGCGCUCUCGGUUUCUGGAGACGGGUUGUCGUUUGUACAGCGCUCUCGGUUUCUGGAGACGGGUUGUCGUUUGUACAGCGCUCUCGGUUUUGGAGACGGUUGUCG